AUGGAUGUGACCUUGUUUUUAAAUGAGAGCAACCUGACAGGUAGUCACCGGGACAACGCUGAUGAGGAUUACCCUGACGACGCGAAUAUCACUACUUUAAAAACACAUACGAAAUCACAAUUCGUGCCAUUGUUUCUAUUACUUUUGCUACUUACAGCGGUGGGCAAUGGUCUCGUGAUUAUCGUCAUAGCAAAGAUUCGCCGGUUACAAACAGCAGCAAACAUGACGAUCGCUAAUCUGGCCUGUUGUGACUUCAUAAUCGCCUGUACGCUCUGGACAGGAGUCCUACGCCGUGACACGAUGCUGGGGUGCGCCCUAUUUUCAGGGCAUGCAAUGACGGUUUUUCAUCUGUCGUUGCUGGGAAAUGCGCUCUGCACGAUCAACAGAUACGUGGCUAUCGUGCAUCCGUUACACUACAACCAGCUGAUGACUCUUGCUCGCACUGGUGUUCUCAUAACUUUAUCGACGAUGUACGCGAUUGUAAUUGGGAUCGCAGCAGCCAUCCAAGUAUCAUAUCAAUGGGAGCCGCCUUCAACCUGCAUCGUUGACCUAGAAAUUUCGGCUGGAUUCGCGUAUGUCGUGGCUGGUCUUUAUAUUAUUAUAUUGAUCUUCAUGGUUUACUGCUACGUCGUCAUCGGAAAGAUUGCCUGGGACCACACGCGUAGGAUGACCGCAGCAUCAGAUGCGGAGAGAGAAGACAUGUCCGCUUUUCACGCUACGCUAAAGAUAACCAAGAUCAUACUUACAGUUGUUGGUGCUUCGUUUACUCUGCUUACACCGCACGUUCUUCACUUCAUCUUAAUCCACAGCUUCCCGUUUCAACUUCGAGCACUUCGUGACAUUCGAACGCUGGCGCUGGCAGCUAAUUCACUAGUAAAUCCAAUGAUUUACUUCUACAAGUACAAAGACUUUCGUCUGGCAGUGAGGGAACUAUUUGGAUGUCAUACAUCGUCUGUCAACCCAUCUCAGCCGAACGUGGAGCAGGAUCCGUAG